AUGUCGACAGAGGGCUCCACUCCGCUGGGGGUGCAGCAGCAGCAGCAUACUCUGAUUACCAGCAGUAGCAGUCAGCCAGGAGUAGGAGGAGGUGUAGGAGGAGAGCCCUCUCUGCCUGGCACAGAGGAGGUGGGGGGCACCUCAACCCGUACCAUCCCCACCGCCUGUGUCAGGCCCACGCACCCCCUACGGAGCUUCGCCAACCCCCUCCUGCCACCACCCAUGGGCACCAUCGACCCCAAGGUCUACACACCCAUGAUGCCACAUUCAAGUGAGUUGGGAACUAGGUUUCUGCUUCAUAUUUCUGCUAGCAGUACUGUACUGUCUGGUUGUGUGGUCUGAAAGGUAAGGCUGCUAGCUGCUAGCUGUGUUGUACAUUAACCUGAGGGGGUAGAACCAUCCAGUCUGAUCUUGUUUUAGUACACUUCUUCUCACACACACACACACACUUCUCUCUCCACCACAGCCUUAAUGUCCUGCAGCCCUGUGAGCAGACAGACUUAAUCUAUGAUCCUUCCCACCCUGCUUACCAAAAAUACUGUGUGUGUGUGUGUGUGUGUGUGUGUGUGUGUGUGUGUGUGUGCGUGUGUGUGUGUAUGUGUGUGUGUGUGUGUAUGUGGUGUAGGUUGGUGUAUUUCCGUUAUUUUCCUGUAUGCUAUCCUGUGGCUGAGAUUACCAUUGAUUUUCAGAUCCUGCGCACCCUUUAUGCUAUAGGCUGCAGGCAGAGUAACACCACUCACACACCUUCUCUUGCAGGCAGGAAUAGCUCUCUCUCUCUCUCUCUCUCUCUCUCUCUCUCUCUCUCUCUCCUCUCUCUCUCUCUCUCUCUCUCUCUCUCUUCUCUCUCUCUCUCUCUCUCUCUCUCUUCUCUCUGUCUCUGUCUCUCUCUCUCUCUCUCUCUCUCUCUCUCUCUCUCUCUCUCUCUCCGCCCUACUGGUAUCUAAAUCUCGGGAUCUAUCCUCUUUCCUCUCCCCUUCCUCCUCCUCCUCCUCCUCCUCUUCCUCCUCCUCUCUCUACUUCUCUACUGUCCUCCUCCUCCUCCUCAAGCCAUGGAUAUACAUAUCUUCUGACAGAUGCUCCAGACAGCGUUUUCAACGCUAGUCAUAAUUUCAUUGUUUUUUCUUAAACCUUUGUGCCAGUAGUGUCCCUUUUAUUCUGCUGGCAGAGCUGAUGAGUAUGAAGGAUAAAGGAUGCUGGACGGAAGGGUCACCUGAGCUCUACUCUCUUCACAACCUGAAAAUGAGACGCAACCUCACCUCACUAAAAACAGAGCGCAGAGGGUUUAUAAUCAAAGAGUUAUUAGAUUUCAGACUGAAGAACAUUGGUCCUGACCUGACUAAAUGUUUGAGUGUGACAUUUUAUGUCUGUAGACAAUAAAGGAUUUUUGUGUUCAGUUAGUUGUGUGUGGCCCAGAGGGGCAACGACUUUUAAGUAGAGGAAUACUAAACUGGAUUAAAUCCUAUGCCGACUCUUUCCUGACUGUAAAUCGCUCAUCUACUGAAUUAAAUGACAGAGAAUGAAGGUGAAGAACACAAUGUCAAAAUCUCAGCCUCCUCCUGGGUGAUUUCUAAGAAGGGAAAUAGCUCUGCUCAUUUAGCCAUUGUAGCCUGUAAAAGGCUGAAAGUGGAGAGCAUUUAUCUGUCUGAGUCUUUAAUGUAUUUGCUUUCACACUUGAAUGGCUUUAAGCUCAUUUUUUGGAGGAAAUCUCUCCAACUACCAGUCAGACUGGAGAGCUAGUUUAAAGGUAGUUUAGCCCAGCAAGAGGAUCAGUUACGGAAUGUCCAGAAGAAUUUUUGCGUCCUAAAUGACACCCUGUUCCCUUUUAUAGUGCACUACUUUUACCUAGAGCCCCAUAGACUACUACCAAUAUGUAGUGCACUAUAAAGGGAAUGGGUUGCAAUUUGGGAUGCAGUCCCAGAAUAAUGUUUACCUUCCAGAGUCUGUCUAUUUCACUUCACUUCACUGCCUGCCGGCUUCAGGCUGUUUCAGUGUGUUGUCAGGCAACAGCAGGAGCCCAGUCUCUCUUCUGUACAGAGCUGAAAACAUCAAACAUGCAGGUCUUUGAGGUACAGUGUCUUCAGAAACUACUUAGUCGUUGUUACAGCCUGAGUUUAAAAUGGAUUACAUUGUACCCCAUAAUGUCAAAGUGGAAUUACGUUUAGACAUUUUUACAAAUUAAUACAAAAUGUAACGCUGAAAUGUCUUGAGUCAAUAAGUAUUCUACCCCUUUGUUAUGGCAAACCUAAAUAAGUUCAGGAGUAAAAAUGUGCUUAACAAAUCACGUAAUACGUUGCAUGGACUCACUCUGUGUGCAACAAUAGAGUUUAACAUGAUUUUUGAAUGACUACCUCAUCUCUGUACCCCACACAUACAAUUAUCUUUAAGGUCCCUCACUCGAGAAAGUGAAUUUCAAACACAGAUUCAACCACAAAGACCAGGGAGGUUUUCCAAUGCCUCGCAAAGAAGGGCACCUAUUGGUAGAUGGGUAAACAUUUUAAAAAGCAGACAUUGAAUAUCCCUUUGAGCAUGGUGAAGUUAUUAAUCAUACUUUGGAUGGUGUAUCAAUACACCCAGUCUCUAUAAAGAUACAGGCGUCCUUCCUAACUCAGUUGCCGGAGAGGAAGGAAACCGCUCAGGGAUUUCACCAUGAGGCCAAUGGUGACAUUAAAACAGUUACAGAGUUUAAUGGCUGUGAUAGGAGAAAACUGAGGAUGGAUCAACAACAUUGUAGUUACUCCACAAUACUAACCUAAAUCACAGAGUGAAAAGAAGGAAGCAUGUACAGAAUACAAAUAUUCCAAAAUAUGCAUCCUGUUUGCAAUAAGCCACUAAAGUAAAACUAACAAAAAAAUAGCAAAUAAAUUAACUUUAUGUCCUGAAUACAAAGCGUUAUGUUUGGGGCAAAUCCAACACAUCACUGAGUACCACUCUUCAUAUUUUCAAGCAUGUUGGUGGCUGCAUCAUGUUAUUUACAUUUACAUUUACAUUUUAGUCAUUUAGCAGACGCUCUUAUCCAGAGCGACUUACAGGAGCAAUUAGGGUUAAGUGCCUUGCUCAAGGGCACAUCGACAGAUUUUUCACCUAGUCGGCUUGGGGAUUAGAACCAGCGACCUUUCGGUUACUGGCACAACGCUCUUACCCACUAAGCCACCUGCCGCCAAUGGGUAUGCUUGUCAUCGGCAAGGACUAGGGAGUUUUUUAGGAUAAAAAGAAACGGAAUUGAGCUAAGCACAGGCAAAAUCCUAGAGGAAAACAUGGUUCAGUCUGCUUUCCAACAGACACUGGGAGACAAAAUCACCUUUCAGUGGGAAAAUAACCUAAAACACAAGGCCAAAUAUACAGUCGUGGUUAAAUGUUUUGAGAAUGACACAAGUAUUGGUCUUCACAAAGUUCGCUGCUUCAGUGUUAUGAGAUAUUUUUGUCAGAUGUUACUAUGGUAUACUGAAGUAUAAUUACAAGCAUUCCAUAAGUGUCAAAGGCUUUUAUUGACAAUUACAUUUAGUUUAUGCAAAGAGUCAAUAUUUGCAGUGUUGACCCUUCUUUUUCAAGACCUCUGCAAUCCGCCCUGGCAUGCUGUCAAUUAACUUCUGGGCCACAUCCUGAAUGAUGGCAAACCAUUCUUGCAUAAUCAAUGCUUGGAGUUUGUCAGAAUUUGUGGGUUUUUGUUUGUCCACCCGCCUCUUGAGGCCUGGUGAGUUUCCUGGCCAUGGACCCAAAAUGUAGAUGUUUUGUUCCCCGAGCCACUUAGUUAUCACUUUUGCCUUAUGGCAAGGUGCUCCAUCAUGCUGGAAAAGGCAUUGGUCGUCACCAAACUGUUCUUGGAUGGUUGGGAGAAGUUGCUCUCGGAGGAUGUGUUGGUACCAUUCUUUAUUCAUAGUGGUGUUCUUAGGAAAAAUUGUGAGUGAGCCCACUCCCUUGGCUGAGAAGCAAUCCCACACAUGAAUGGUCUCAGGAUGCUUUACUGUUGGCAUGACACAGGACUGAUGGUAGCGCUCACCUUGUCUUCUCCGGACAAGCUUUUUUCCGGAUGCCCCAAACAAUCGGAAAGGGGAUUCAUCAGAGAAAAUGACUUUACCCCAUUCCUCAGCAGUCCAAUCCCUGUACCUUUUGCAAAAUAUCAGUCUGUCCCUGAUGUUUUUCCUGGAGAGAAGUGGCUUCUUUGCUGCCUUUCUUGACACCAGGCCAUCCUCCAAAAGUCUUCGCCUCACUGUGCGUGCAGAUGCACUCACACCUGCCUGCUGCCAUUCCUGAGCAAGCUCUGCACUGAUGGUGCCCCGAUCCCGCAGCUGAAUCAACUUUAGGAGACGGUCCUGGCACUUGCUGGACUUUCUUGGGCGCCCUGACGCCUUCUUCACAACAAUUGAACCUCUCUCCUUGAAGUUCUUGAUGAUCCGAAAAAUUGUUGAUUUAAGUGCAAUCUUACUAGCAGCAAUAUCCUUGCCUGUGAAGUCCUUUUUGUGCAAAGCAAUGAUGACGGCACGUGUUUUCUUGCAGGUAACCAUGGUUAACAGAGGAAGAACAAUGAUUUCAAGCACCACCCUCCUUUCAAAGCUUCCAGUCUGUUAUUCUAACUCAAUCAGCAUGACAGAGUGAUCUCCAGCCUUGUCCUCGUCAACACUCUCACCUGUGUUAACGAGAGAAUCACUGACAUGAUGGCAGCUGGUCCUUUUGUGGCAGGGCUGAAAUGCAGUGGAAAUGUUUUUUGAGGAUUAAGUUCAUUUUCAUGGCAAAGAGGGACUUUGCAAUUAAUUGCAAUUCAUCUGAUCACUCUUCAUGACAUUCUGGGAGUAUAUGCAAAUUGCCAUCAUCAAAACUGAGGCAGCAGACUUUGUGAAAAUUAGUAUUUGUGUCAUUCUCAAAACGUUUGACCACGACUGUACACUGGAGUUGGUUACCAAGACGACAUUAAAUGUUCCUGAGUGUCCUAGUUACAGUUUUGACUUAAAUCGGUUUGAAAAUCUAUGGCAAGACUUGAAAAUGUCUGUCUAGCAAUGAUCAACAACCAACUUGACAGAGCCUGAAGCAUAAAAAAAAAAAAAAAAGUGCAAAUAUUGUACAAUCCAGGUGUGCAAAUCUCUUAGAGACUCACCCAGAAAGACUCACAGUUGUAAUCUAACAUGUAUUGACUCAGGAGUGUGAAUAUGUACAGUACCAGUCAAACGUUUGGACACACCUACUCAAUCAAGGGUUUUUCUUUAUUUUUACUAUUUUCUACAUUGUAGAAUAAAGACAUAAAAACUAUGAAAUAUCACAUAUGGAAUCAUGUGUGUGCAAAGAUGUCAUGAAGGCAAAGGGUGGCUACUUUGAAGAAUCAAAAAUAUUAAAUAUAUUUUGAUUUGUUUAACACUUUUUUUGGUUACUACAUGAUUCCAUAUAUGUUAUUUCAUAGUUUUGAUGUCUUCACUAUUAUUCUACAAUGUUGAAAAUAGUAAAAAAUAAAGAAAAACCCUUGAAUGAGUAGGUGUGUCCAAACUUUUGACUGGUACUGUACGUAAAUGAGAUAUUUCUGUAUUUCAUUUUCAAUACAUUUGCAAAAAUAAAAUAAAACCUGUUUUCAAUUUGCCAUUUUGGGGUAUUGCGUGUCGAUGGGUGAGAAUAUAUAUAUUUUUUAAUACAUUUUGAAUUCAGGCUGUAACACAACAGAAUGUGGAAUAUGUCAAGGCGUAUUGAUACUUUCUGAAGGCACUGUAGCUAGCUGUGUACUGUGAAACAAAGCGGUUUAAAUUACUUUGGUUGAUGGAAAUGCUGUACAGAACUGGAAAAGGGCCUCCAGAUAUUUAGCCAUUCUGAUGCUGACAAGGCACCAUGGGUAUAUAAAGUACAGUACAGUACCUACAGUAGGUUACACAUUGCGAUAGUACAGUACUUACAGUAGGUUACACAUUGAGCAAAGGGACAUGCAGCUGCUCUGUAUUGUCCAUUAAGAUGAAGCUUGGUGUCCAGGGCAGACUACAGUACUGGUUUGAGUCCCAAAUGGCACCCUAUUCCCUAUGGGCCCCAGUCAAAAGUAGUGCACUACAUAGGGAACAUGGUGCCAUUUGGGACGUAACCCUCCCUAGUGAUAGCGUGGAUGGAAAAUGAAAUUCAUGGCUAUUACUGCAGGGCUGGCCAAAUCACAGAUUGAACACUGCGUGGAGAGUAGUCACAGUUAGAACACUGCGUGGAGAGUAGUCACAGUUAGAACACUGAGUGGAGAGUAGUCACAGUUAGAACACUGAGUGGAGAGUAGUCACAGUUAGAACACUGAGUGGAGAGUAGUCACAGUUAGAACACUGAGUGGAGAGUAGUCACAGUUAGAACACUGAGUGGAGAGUAGUCACAGUUAGAACACUGAGUGGAGAGUAGUCACAGUUAGAACACUGAGUGGAGAGUAGUCACAGUUAGAACACUGAGUGGAGAGUAGUCACAGUUAGAACACUGAGUGGAGAGUAGUCACAGUUAGAACACUGAGUGGAGAGUAGUCACAGUUAGAACACUGAGUGGAGAGUAGUCACAGUUAGAACACUGAGUGGAGAGUAGUCACCGUUAGAACACUGAGUGGAGAGUAGUCAGUUAGAACACUGAGUGGGGAGUAGUCACAGUUAGAACACUGAGUGGAGAGUAGUCACAGUUAGAACACUGAGUGGAGAGUAGUCACAUUUAGAACACUGAGUGGGGAGUAGUCACAGUUAGAACACUGAGUGGAGAGUAGUCACAGUUAGAACACUGAGUGGAGAGUAGUCACCGUUAGAACACUGAGUGGAGCGUAGUCACAGUUAGAACACUGAGUGGAGCGUAGUCACAGUUAGAACACUGAGUGGAGAGUAGUCACAGUUAGAACACUGAGUGGAGCGUAGUCACAGUUAGAACACUGAGUGGAGAGUAGUCACAGUUAGAACACUGAGUGGAGAGUAGUCACAGUUAGAACACUGAGUGGAGAGUAGUCACAGUUAGAACACUGAGUGGAGAGUAGUCACAGUUAGAACACUGAGUGGAGCGUAGUCACAGUUAAAACACUGAGUGGAGCGUAGUCACAGUUAGAACACUGAGUGGAGCGUAGUCACAGUUAGAACACUGAGUGGAGAGUAGUCACAGUUAGAACACUGAGUGGAGAGUAGUCACAGUUAGAACACUGAGUGGAGCGUAGUCACAGUUAGAACACUGAGUGGAGAGUAGUCACAGUUAGAACACUGAGUGGAGAGUAGUCACAGUUAGAACACUGAGUGGAGCGUAGUCACAGUUAGAACACUGAGUGGAGCGUAGUCACAGUUAGCCUGGUACUUCUGCUAACUGAGUAUUGAGUGGUGGUUGCUAACAUGUUAUCAACACGUUAUUGAAGGUUUUAUUGAACACAACAUUUGACAAUAUAUUCCCCAUCUUUCAUGGGCUUACAUGAAGUAACCUUUUGGUAUCUUUUUCCGUAGUUCUGUGAGUUACUGUAGCUAUGAUAUGCUUAAUCAAGCCUUUCCCCAUGAUAAUGCUCCAGUCUAGUGCAAUCAUGUUCCCCUCAUUAUAUCCCUAUGGCCUGCAGAUACAGGAGACUAGGCAGCAAGCCACCUUAACACUGUUGUAGGGUACAUAGCCAUUGGUCUUACAGCAGCCAGCAAUCAGAACUGCUUAGCCAGCAUAGUUAGCAGCUGAACAGAACAGACGUUCAGUACAAAGUGUCUGUUCAGAUCCAGGUCCAGCUGGCUUCCAUUGCAGUGUGUCCUUGUACUAGAGAUAUAAUGACUAGAACAGACAUUUCUAUUCAAGUCAAUGUUCAGUAAUGGGUGGACCAGCAGCCAUAUUGAGUAUCAUUCUAUUUUCAGAUUAUAAACACACACACACACAAACAAACACACUCCGUCAGGUUCUCAGAAUGAAAAUAGGACUGAUUGAAGUGGAGGUGGAGCACUUUGGGGUCCUCUGUGUUACUCUCUGUUCCUGGGUACUCUGGGGUCCUCUGUGUUACUCUCUGUUACUGGGCACUCUGGGGUCCUCUGUGUUACUCUCUGUUACUGGGCAGUUUGGGGUCCUCUGUGUUACUCUCUGUUCCUGGGUACUAUGGGGUCCUCUGUGUUACUCUCUGUUACUGGGCACUCUGGGGUCCUCUGUGUUACUCUCUGUUACUGGGCACUCUGGGGUCCUCUGUGUUACUGGGCACUUUGGGGUCAUUGGUGUUACUCUCUGUUACUGGGCACUCUGGGGUCCUCUGUGUUACUCUCUGUUACUGGGCACUCUGGGGUCCUCUGUGUUACUCUCUGUUACUGGGCACUCUGGGGUCCUCUGUGUUACUCUCUGUUUCUGGGCACUCUGGGGUCCUCUGUGUUACUGGGCACUCUGGGGUCCUCUGUGUUACUCUCUGUUCCUGGGCACUCUGGGGUCCUCUGUGUUACUCUCUGUUCACUGAGAGCCCAACAGUGUGCGCUGAGAGUGUAAUUAAGCCAGGGCCGGAGAGACACAGAGAGCCACAGAGGUCACUGUGGGAUAGACGCAGCUCGCAGUUCACCUCCCACGCUGCUCAGCAGAGAGACAGAGUAUUAGACUGAAGACUGUAGCAGCAAUUAACACGUUAGUCUACAGCAGGGGUCUUCAAUGCGUUGCUCAUGAGUGACCAGUGGCUCGCGUGCUGUUAAUGAGUUGUUCACAUCUAGAUUCUGAAAAAUAAUGAGUAGCCUCAUAUUACAUAAUUAGACCAUUAUUGCACCUACAGUACACAAUAUAAUAAUACAUCUAAGUUCUAGUUACAGUACAGACUUAUCCGUUAGAAUACAGGCUAAAGGUAUGUUUUGUGUUUUAGAUCCACUUCCGAUAAAGUUGUUUGUUUCUCUCAGGUUGACCAUAGUUGACUGGCUGUAAUCAGUGGUGAGCCAACCAUGUCUCUCCAGUCCAGUCCAGUCAUGGUCCUUACUCCCACACCAAUCUAUCAGCUACCACCUCACUGAGCCCUGUAGAUGUGUCUUGCUGUAUUCUGUGGUCACUCACCAGAAAUUCGAGCAGAAAUUAGACUUCCUUGACCCUUGAUCCUUUGUUUGAACUUCCCAACUUCCCAGAAGUAGCUGUACGCACCAAAACGCCGAUGCUGUGGAAGAUGUAGAAGGAGCGGGCCUUAGACAAACUCAACACCAUCCACCGCUUCCGAGUAUAUUACUCGCUAACGUUCAGUCCUUGGACAAUAAAGUAGACAAGCUCAGGAUGAGGAUUUCCUUCCAGAGACAUCAGGGACUGUAACAUUACUCUGUUUUACGGAAUCAUGGCUCUCUCUAGAUAUAUAUUGUCCCUGUCCAUUCAGCCAGCGGGGUUCUCCGUCCUUUCGCACUGACAGGAAGAAAGAACUCUCUGGGAAGAAGAAAGGCGGAGGGGUUUGUUUCAUGAUUAACAACUCAUGGUGUGAUUGUGGUAACGUACAGGAACUCAAGUCCUUUUGUUCUCCCGAUCUGGAAUAUCUCACCAUCAAAUGCCUUACCACCCGAGAUCAUUUUCUUCGGUCACCGUCACUGCCGUGUAUAUUCCCCCCCAAGCCGACACCGCGACAGCCCUCAAGGAACUACACUGGACUAUGUGCAAACUGGAAACCGCGUAUCCUGAGGCUGCAUUUAUUGUAGCUGGGAACAUUAAUAAAGGAAAUCUGAGGAAAACGCUACCGAAACAUAUCUCAACAUGGACCCAUGCGCAUCACGGACCCUGGAUCAUUGCUACUCUCCUUUCUGGGACGACUACAAGGCCCUCCCCCACCCUCCCUUUAGCAAAUCAAAUCACUCCUUCAUUCUGCUCCUCCCCACCUAUAGGCAGAAACUUAAACAGGAAGCUUCCGUGGUAAGGACGGUUCAACGUUGGUCUGAACAAUCGGAAUCUAUGCUUCAAGAUUGUUUUGAUCACGCGGACUGUAACAUUUUCCGGGUUGCCGCUGAGAAAAGUAUCGACGUAUACACUGACUCGGUGACGGGGUUCAUCAGGAAGUGCAUAGAGGAUGUUGUUCCCACUGUGACGAUUAUAACUUAUCCAAACCAUAGAUGGCAGCAUUCACGCAAAACUGAAAGCGCAAACCACCGCAUUUAACCAUGCCAAGGUGACUGGGAACAUGGAUGUGUACAAACAGACCAGCUACGACCUCCGUAAGGCAAUUAGAGGCAAAACAACAGUACAGGGACAAAGUCCCAAUUCAACGGCUCAGACACGAGACGUAUGUGGCAGGGACUCCAGACAGUCACGGAUUAUAAAGGGAAACCCAGCCACGUCGUCGACACAGACGCCUUGCUCCCGGACUAGAUAAACACCUUCCCCCGCUUCGAGGAAAAUAACAUUGUGCUGCCGACGCUUAUGAGGACUGUGUGCUCUCGUUCUCUGUGGCCUGCAUGAGUAAGUCGUUUAAGCAUGUUAACCCUCGCAAGGCUGCCGGCCCAGACGGCAUCCCAAGCCGCGUCCUCAGAGCAUGUGCAGACCAGCUGGCUGGAGAUUUGACGGACAUAUUCAAUCUCUCCGUAUCCCAGUCUGUUGUCCCCACUUGCUUCAAGAUGUCCACCAUUGUUUCUGUACCCAAGAAAGCAAAGGUAACUUAACUAAAUGACUAUCGCCCCGUAGCACUCACUUCUGUCAUUAUGAAGUCAUUAUGAAGUGCUUUGAGAGACUAGUUCAGGACCAUAUCACCUCCACCUUAACCAACACCCUAGACCCAGUACAAUUCGUGAGCAAGCCCUCUGUGUCCAAAUCACUAAGGACCUAAAAUGGUCCACAUGCGCACAGUCAUAAAGAAGGCGCGUAAGCGCCUCUUCCCCCUCAGGAGGUUGAAAAACAUUUGGCAUGGGCCCUAAAAUCCUCAAAAAGUUCUACAGCUGUACCAUUGACAGCAUCUUGACAUCUUGACUGGCUGCAUCGUUGCUUGGUAUGGUAAUAGCACCGCCCUCUAUCGCAUGGCGCUACAGAGGUUGGUGCGGACAGCCCAGUACACUGGGGCCGAGCUCCCUGCCAUCCAGGACCUCUAUAUCAAGUGGUGUGAAAGGAAGACCCGGAAAAUCAUUCAAGACUCCAACCACCGAAGCCAUAGACUGUUCACUCUGCUUCCGCACGGCAAGUGGUACCGGUGCAUCAAGUCUGACACCAACAGGACCCUGAACAGCUUUUAUCCCCAAGCCAUAAGACAGCUAAAUAGUUAACUAAAUAGCUAACUAAAUGGCUACACAGACUAAGUUGACCCUUGUAUUGUAUUACAUUUUUGCACUGUCUCUAUGCACACUCACACUGUCACUCCAACACAUAAACACUCACUUCAUAAUUAGCUCACACACACAUAAUAUGCACAUACUGUACAUUUAUACUGAUUCUAGAUACACACACACCCACUCACAUACAAUCAUCAUAUACGAUGCUGCUACUCUGUUUAUCAUAUAUCCUGAUGCCUAGUCACUUUACCCCUAUACAUAUCUACCUCUAUCACUCCAGUAUCCCUGCACAUUGUUAAUAUGGUACUGGAACUGACCCUGUAUAUAGUCACCUUACCCCUAUACAUAUCUACCUCCAUCACUCCAGUAUCCCUGCACAUUGUUAAUAUGGUACUGGAACUGACCCUGUAUAUAGUCGCCUUACCCCCUAUACAUAUCUACCUCUAUCACUCCAGUAUCCCUGCACAUUGUUAAUAUGGUACUGGAACUGACCCUGUAUAUAGUCACCUGACCCUGUAUAUAGUCACCUGACCCUGUAUAUAGUCACCUGACCCUGUAUAUAGUCACCUGACCCUGUAUAUAGUCACCUGACCCUGUAUAUAGUAUACUUACUUACUUUCUUCUUAUUUCUUGUUUAUAUUUUGUUUUGUUCUACCAUAUGUUAUUUUUUAGUAUUACAUUGUUAUUGAUUACUGCAUUGUUGGGUUUAGAGCUUGCAAGAAAGGCAUUUCACCUCAGCCACUUGCAAAUUAAUUACUUAAAAAUCAUACAAUGUGAUUUUCUGGAUUUUUGUUUUAGAUUCCGUCUUUCACAAUUGAAGUGUACCUAUGAUAAAAAUUACAGACCUCUACAUGCUUUGUAAGUAGGAAAACCUGCAAAAUCGGCAGUGUAUCAAAUACUUGUUCUCCUCACUGUAUAUAUAUUUAUAUUCUGGUCUCUGACAUUGCUCGUUCUUGAUAUUUCUUAAUAUGUUUCUUUUUCUGGAUUCUGUGUGUAUUGACUUGUUAUAUUGUUUUUAUUGCUAGGUAUUACUGUACCUAGAAACACAAGCAUUUCCCUGCACCUGCGAUAACAUCUGUAAAUCUGUGACCAAUAAAAUGUGAUUUGAUUAAUUUUCUUUCUCCUCCUGCUCUGUCAUGUGAUCUAUCCAGCCUGUGAUCUAUCCUGUGAUCUAUCCAGCCUGUGAUCUAUCCAGCCUGUGAUCUAUCCAGCCUGUGAUCUAUCCAGCCUGUGAUCUAUCCAGCCUGUGAUCUAUCCAGCCUGUGAUCUAUCCAGCCUGUGAUCUAUCCAGCCUGUGUCUCUCCAGCCUGUGUCUCUCCAGCCUGUGAUCUAUCCAGCCUGUGGUCUAUCCAGCCUGUGAUCUAUCCAGCCUGUGAUCUAUCCAGCCUGUGAUCUAUCCAGCCUGUGAUCUAUCCAGCCUGUGAUCUAUCCAGCCUGUGAUCUAUCCAGCCUGUGAUCUAUCCAGCCUGUGAUCUAUCCAGCCUGUGGUCUAUCCAGCCUGUGAUCUAUCCAGCCUGUGAUCUCUCCAGCCUGUGUCUCUCCAGCCUGUGUCUCUCCAGCCUGUGUCUCUCCAGCCUGUGUCUCUCACAGCGGCUCCAAGGGGAGAGUUGAUCCUAUUAUUGCGUCUGGAGCCAGAGCUUCCCCACCUACCUCUCCCUCCCACUGUUGCGUCUGGAGCCAGAGCUUCCCCACCUACCUCUCCCUCCCACUGUUGCUAGUGCACCUAGCAGGUGCUGCUGUAAUUUGCAGAGUUAAAUUAUGCAGAUAAUACCCAGCCCAGGUAGCUCAUUUGGAUGGCCAGGCGAUUAAUCCUGGAGACGGAGAGGAGAGCUGCAGAACCCACACAGUCUCUCACCUCGCUCCUUCCUCAUCUCCACUGCUGUCCUUCUACCUUCUCUCCUAGCCCCCUGACGGCUUCCGCCCCGUGCCCUCAUCCGCCUCACUCUGCCUCUCUCCACCUGCACAGUCUCCCUCGCUCCACCUCCAUCAUUGCGAGCCCCUCCUCUCUCCUUGAGGGAAGGAACCGCCCUCCUCCCUCGACCGCGUCCUUCUCCUUCCCAGGAUCAACCCCGUCGACCUCUCUCAUCUCCCUCCCCUAUCUCCUCUCCUCCUCCCUCUCUUCCCCCUCUUCCCUCUCUUUUCUCCUUCCCUCCCUCUCUCCUUCCCUCUCUCUCUCCUUCCCUCGCUUUCUCCAUCCCUCUCUCUCUCCUUCCCUCUCUCUCUCCUUCCCCUCCCUCCCUCCCUCCUCUUACCUUACACACAAGCCUUAGAACAGCACCACUCCCUGCCCCACGCUGCUCUGUGCUGUCAGCGCUGUCCGUCAAACACAGACUGCUCCCUCCUCUAUCUCUCUCACCCUCCCUUGUUCGCCUGCCUGCCUAUACCUACAAUCCUUAGAGCAGUAACACUCUCUGCUCCCUCCCUCCUUUGUCUGCUUACUGAUACCUAAAUUGUUAGAAUAGCACCACUCCCUGCCUCUCUCUCUCUCUCGCUCUCGCUCCCUCCCUCUCUCAUCCCUCCUUUCCCCUCUUGUUCACCUGUCUACCUACAAUACUUAGAGCAGCACAACUCACUGCCUCAAUAUCUAAGAACAAAAGCCUUCUACAAAUCAUACCUGCACCUAUAGAUCUCUUGGUUACUUGUUAUUCAGAGCUGAGGUCCCUUGGCUAUUUUGGGGGCUGUUGCUUUUACCAGGUUACUUGUUGUGUAACCAGUAGUGUUUGGUGCAGUAACCUCAAGGUCCUCAGACUGAUAUAUAAAUGCGACAGAGUGUUGGUGUGUUUUCCCAAGGCUCAGGUAAAAAGGUCCUCAGACUGAUAUAUAAAUGCGACAGAGUGUUGGUGUGUUUUCCCAAGGCUCAGGUAAAAAGGUCCUCAGACUGAUACAUAAAUGCGACAGAGCGUUGGUGUGUUUUCCCAAGGCUCAGGUAAAAAGGUCCUCAGACUGAUACAUAAAUGCGACAGAGUGUUGGUGUGUUUUCCCAAGGCUCAGGUAAAAAGGUCCUCAGACUGAUACAUAAAUGCGACAGAGUGUUGGUGUGUUUUCCCAAGGCUCAGGUAAAAAGGUCCUCAGAUUUAUGCAAAAACAUGACAGUGUUUGUUUUGUGUUUGUGUUUCUCCAGGUGCCAGCCUUCCCAAGCCAACAGUAAAAACAGCGUCUCUGGGGCAAGCUGGCAAGGCCAGAUCACCACUACUACCCGUCUCCGUGCCAACAGCCCCCGAGGUGGGUGAAGAGGGCCAGAAACAGCCAGAAGACUCAGCCAAUGUGAGUAACCACUCCUUUCAGUGCGAUCGGGCGCUCACGAUCACACUCUAA